AUGCCCGUCGUCACUGAUGCCCUGUUGGUGUUGUUGUCACUUCAGAGAUUAGCCGACAUCGAGCAACUCUGUGUACAUUUGCUUGUCAUAACUCUCAAUCCCAUCAACCAACAUCCUGGUCGACCUCCCUCGAUGCCCUUUGGAACAGGUGUCGCCUGUCUAGUGCGUUGUGAAUAUCCUGGUCUUGGAGUGGUUUUAUGA